GCACGCGGUUGUUAUGGAGACCGGUGGGCGCGGCGGAGAGCUUCGCAGAGCUGCCUUCUCCCGCAACCAGGCAAGAUGCUCCGUGGAGGCUGUAAAGCCUCUGAAAGGCGAAGACACUUGAGCGAUCAACUCAGCUGGCAGCAAGACCAGGCGCUGAGCAGCAACAUUUACCUUCUGCGCGAGAUCGGCCCCACCGGCUUCCUGCUGAGGGAGGAGGAGCCGGAGAACAGGGAUUUCCGAGUUUUUCUAGGAAAUCCUCAUGUUUGUAACUGCUCCACAUUUUUGAAAGGAGAGGAGCUUUGUAAGCAUAUAUGUUGGAUCUUGUUGAAGAAAUUCAAGCUUCCAAGGAGUCAUGAAUCUGCUUUACAGUUAGGUCUCGUGGAAGGAGAAAUUGACGACUUACUUCGGGGGAUACAUAGACUUCAAACACCCCAACGUGAAAUGAAAGAUGAAAAUGUGCAUGUUGAAGAAGAUGGGUGUGUUAAACAGAAGGAAAUUGGUUCAGAGGAUAUCUGCCCUAUUUGUCAAGAAGUGCUUUUAGAGAAAAAACUUCCUGUCACUUUUUGCAGGUUUGGCUGUGGCAAUAGUGUUCAUAUAAAAUGCAUGAAGAUCUUAAUGAAUUAUCAAGACAUGAUAUCGACCACAUCGAUGUUAAAAUGUCCUCUAUGUAGGAAAGAGUUUGCACCAUUAAAACUAAUUUUAGAGGAAUUCAAAAACUCUGGCAAACUUAUGACUACAGCUGAAAGAGAGCGACUAGACAGACACCUUGGAAUUCCCUGUAAUAACUGUAAACAGUUUCCAGUUGAGGGGACAUGUUAUAAGUGCACAGAAUGUAUAGAAUAUCACUUAUGCCAGCGAUGUUUUGAUAGCUGCUGCCAUCUUUCUCAUUCAUUUACUUUUCGUGAGAAGAGAAAUAAAAAGUGGAGAUCAUUAGAAAAAAGAUCAGAUGAUAUUGUAAAAUGCAUAGAUAUUCAAAAAGAGAUAGAAGAAAAGAUGCCACAUUUUAAAGAAAAGCAAGGCCAGGUUUACACACCAAAACACGUGGUAAAAUCACUGCCUCUUUUACUGAUCACAAAGAAUAGUAAGCUGCUUGCUCCAGGCUACCAAUGUCGACUUUGUUUGAAGGCAUUUCGUCUUGGCCAAUAUACAAGACUGCUACCAUGUGCUCACAAGUUUCAUAGGAAAUGUAUUGACAGUUGGUUAUUCCACAAAUGCAAUUCAUGCCCUAUUGAUGGACAAGUUAUAUUUAAUCCUUUAAUCUGGAAAGAUAAAGCAGUGAAUGGACGCUCACAUCCACCUGUCUCAAGUAUGGAUAUCACUCAUCUGUCAAAAGAGGAGGAACCAGAACUAUUUAUUCCUGGCACCAAAUUAGUCUUAAAACAAAAUAGACAUGGGAUUUUACCUUGCACACCUCAGUGCAAUUCUGAAAAGUUGAAGACACCCCAAAGUCCAACAGAAACCUAUCAAAAUACAAAAAUAGAUGAACUAAAUUCUAUCAAAUCAGAAGAUUCAAUUUCAAGAAAAUUAAUCUAUGAAUAUAAAAUAAGCCAACAUUUCCCCAGGUAUCUUCAAGACUUGCCCUCUAGAUCCUAUGGGAAAAUUUCAUCUCAAACAUUCCUUCCUUCUAUUGAUCACAAGAAUGUUACAUGUCCCACUGCAAAGGAAAGUUCAUGUAUCAAUAAAAAAUUCCAUUCUGGUCAAAGUCAUAAAAUGAACAAAGACUGUAAAAGUAAUAGCAAACUAAACAAUCUUGAUACUAAAAUAAAAGAUGGCAACAGGCGAUCAAAUACAUUAUUUUCAGAAGAUUUAAAUCUCAUUGUCAGUUGGGGUACAACAAAUCUUAGUUUGGCUAAAAGGUGUAAUAAUUGUUUGGGGAGGGUUAGACAUCUGUCAUCUGUCAAGAAGGCCUGUAGCUCACCCUUUAAAUACAAAAACUACUGAGAUAGCUUUAAUAUUGGAAGGAGUUCAGUUAUGAAAAUAUGUCUUUGGCUAAUAUCAAAAAACAUUUGAAUAUUGAGCACAAAAUAUUUUAUUUAUAGAACAUGAAGACUAUACACUUGACAAAUGUAUAUAGAAUUCUCUGUUGUCAUUUUGUCUGCUUGUCUAUGAAUAACUAAACUUAAAGGAAAUGACCCCAUUCCUUAUAAGACUGAAGGCUUUAGGUGUCUUGAUAAGUAUGUUGAAAUUGCUAUGAAUUAUGAAUAAUUGUAGAACUUUUAUAUCUGAUUUUACAUUGAUUAAAAAACUUCAAAUUAAAGAAAUAUAUUUUCCUUGCUUUUAAGAAACUAUUUUCAAAUAUUCUGUUCAAUAAAAUAUAACAUGCAGGGAUUCUAUUUAGAUAGCUGUGUUUUUUAUAUUUCACUUUUAUUUUUUAUUUAACAUUGGUUUGUGACAUUAUAUAGGUUUCAGGUAUACAGACUUUUAUAUCAACAUUUGUAUAUACUAUUCUCAUUACCAAAAAGUGAUUACUCUACAGUUGGCCCCUUUUAUCCAAUUUACCCACCCCACUUCCCCCUUCCUGUUUGGUAACCACUGUUUUCUUCAUGUAGUCUGUUUGUUUUUGUUUGUUUUUGUUAGUUCAUUUGUUUAUCAAAUAUGAGUGAAAUCAUAUGGUAUUUGUCUUUCUCCAUCUGAUUCAUUUCCCUUAGCAUAACACACUUUAAGUCCAUCCCAUAUUGUUGCAAAUGAUAGAAUUUCAUUUUUUUUUAAUGAUAGCUGAAUGGUAUUCCAUUAUGUGUAUUGUAUAUGCCAAAUCUUCUGUCUCCAUCUAACACACUUACAUUGUUUCCAACUCUUGAUGCUGCAAUGAAUGUAGGGAUACAUAUAUUUCUUUAAUCUAAUGUUUUGGGUUUUGUUUUGUUGUUUUUGUUUGUCUUUCUGUUACAUACUUAGUAGUGGGAGAACUGGAUCAUAUGGUAUUUCUUUUAACUUUUGGAGGAAUAUACAUACUGUUUUCCAUAAUAACUGUACCAGUGUACAUCCCCACCAAUAGUGUGUGAGGGUUCUUUUCUCUUUGCAUCCUUGCCAGCAUUUGUUGUUUCUUGUCAUUUUGAUCAAAGUCAUUCUCAUGAGUAUGAGGCAAUAUCUCAUUGUUUUGAAUUCUAUUGCCUUAAUAAAAAUGGAUGCUGAACUUCUUUUCAUGUUUCUAUUGACCAUCUGUAAUUCCUCUUGAAGAAGCAUCUAUUCAGAUCCUCUGCCCAUUUAUUAUUUGGUUUGCUUUGUUGUUGUUGAUGAUGAAGAUGAGUUUUAUUCACUCUAUGUAUUUUUAUGUUAACCCUUUACCAGAUACAUACUUUAAAAAUAUCUUUUCCCAUUCAUUAAAUUGCUUGUCAUUUUAAUAAUGACUUCUUUCACUAUACAGAAACUUUUUAAUUUGAUGUAAUCCCAUAUGUUUACUUUUGCUUUUGUUUCUUUAGCCACUGAGUUGUAAUCACAAAGACACGACUAAGGCUAAUGUCAAAGAGCUUGUCACCUGUAUUUUCUUCUAUGUACUUUAUGGUUUCAGGUAUUAUAGUUAAGUCUUUAGCCCAUUUUGAGUUAAUUUUUGUGUAUGCUGUAUUACAGUGGUCUAGUUUCAUUCCUUUGCAUGUGAUCAUUUUACCUAAAGCAAUAUAUGGAUUCAAUGCAAUCCCUAUUAAAAUCCCAAUGACAUUCUUCAAAGAAAUAGAGCCAAAAUAUCGUAACUUAUGUGUAACUUAAAAAAACUUGAAUAUUUUUAAUAAAUCCUGAAGCGGGGGACAAAAAUGGAGGUAUCAGAUUCCCCAACUUCAAACUAGAAAGUGAUAAUAGUCAAAAUAGUAUGAUAUUGUGGGAAAGGAAGACACACAGACCAGUAACACAGAAUAGAACUCAGAAAUAAACCCCCACAUAUAUGGAGAAUGAAUUUAUGACAAAGGAGAUAAGAGCAUAAAAUGAAGUAAGGGCAAUCUCUUCAUAAUGGUGCUGAGAAACUGGACUGCCACAUGCAAAUGAAUGAAACUGGGUCACUAUCUUACUCUAUGCAUUUUUUUGUGUACUAAUAAUUACAGUAAACCUAUAGUAAUAUCCUGAUGGUGGUUUUCUUUUUACUUAAUUUCCUUAAAGGCAUUUUCUUAUACAUCAAAUGAAAAUAAAAUAAAUUCUCUGUUAUGCCACAUUAGUAUCUGUAACAUAACUAUUGCCAAAUUCUUUGACACAAUCAAUAUUAAAGCAUGUGCAUUAUUUUUAAAGAUAUU